AUUCUAAACACCUGUCAAAAUGUCAAAUUUUGUUUUUGUGAACUUGAAAUGUGUAAUAAAAAUUGUAACACAAGCAUAUUGUUGAUUUAAAUAAGUGUAUAGAAUAAUAUUUGCUUGUCAUAAUGCUCAUGCUCAGUUGUAAUUGUAAAAGAUAUUAUUGAUUCAUUGUAUAUAACCAAACCUUUGAUUCAAAAACAAAAUCAAUAAAUUAAGAAACAGUAAAAAUGUCAUAUCAAUUAAUAAACUAUUUUUUAUUAAUAAAUAUCUUUAUUGUUGGAUUUAAGGCGGAAAAUUAUGAAGAUUAUGAAUCUGCAGAUGUUGAUGAACAUGAACAUUUCUUACAGUUAUUGAAAAAUUAUAUGAAUAGUUAUCGAAAACAUAGAGAAUUAGGGGACAAUGACGAAUGGUUAGGUCGUUGGCUUCCUGGUAGACUGUCAGAUCCAACACCUCCUCCGAAAAUUCUUCCUAAAUUUCCAUCUCAAGAUUACUUAGAAAAUCCAUCAGAACAUCAAGGAAAUAAAGAAUCUGAAAAAGAUGAGAAAUGGCUAGGUCGUUGGUUUCCUGGUAGAUUGUCAGAUCCAACACCUCCUCCGAAAAUUCUUCCUAAAUUUCCAUCUCAAGACAAUUUAGAAACAAAUCCAUCAGAACAUCAAGGAAAUAAGGAAUUUGAAAAAGAUGACAAUUGGUCAGGUCGUUGGUUCCCUAGCAAAUCUUCAGAUCCAACACCUCCGCCAAAAAUUCUUCCUAAAUUUCCAUCUCAAGACAAUUUAGAAACAAAUCCAUCAGAACAUCAAGGAAAUAAGGAAUUUGAAAAAGAUGACAAUUGGUCAGGUCGUUGGUUCCCUAGCAAAUCUUCAGAUCCAACGCCUCCGCCAAAAAUUCUUCCUAAAGAGCCUCAACAUAUUUUACAACAUCCUCAUCCAUCGGGAAAGAUACCAAUGGGUGAAAAAUCUCCAUUAUGUGAUGAUGGAAAGACAAAUUUAACAGUUGAUUGGAAUGAAUCGCCAAUUGAUUACACAUGUUAUGGACGAAAAAUCGAUCCUAAUUAUGGAAUUGAUCCUCAAUUUUAUUGUGAAAAAAUACCAAAUAAUUAUGAGGCUCAACAUAAAUGCAUGUCAGAUGUUAUUGAAUACGAUGAAGAUCUUCCGUUGUAUGGUACGCAUAGACCAAUUUGGCCAGUUUAUGGUGAAUAUAAAUUUUUACCAAAACAAAGAUGGCUUCACAGUAUGGAGCACGGAGCUAUCGUGAUGCUUUAUCAUCCUUGCGCAAAUAGUUUAGAAGUACAAAUCUUGAGAAAAUUAAUCACUGGUUGCAUUAGACGUCAUGUGAUAUCACCAUCGAAUCUUGUUUCUCUCGAUAGGCCGUUAGUUUUGUUGACAUGGGGCUGUCGUCUUAGUAUGUCUUACGUUGAUCCCGAAGAUGUACAGGAAUUUAUUUCAAAAUUCGCACUUAAAGGACCGGAACAAAUUGAAGAUGAUGGUGAUUUUAACAAGGAUCUAUUGCAUAAAGCAGAAAUUGUUUCCGACAUGAAAGACUCAAAUCUUUGUCCCACGUAAUUUAGAGGUUUGAAAAAAAAAAACUAUAUCAAUCUUCUUCAAGUCAUUUUUUUUUCUCUUAUUAAUGAAAAUGUGAAACAAAUGUUAAUUGUUUUUAACCAAAGUAUUUAUUAACCGAUGACGGAUUUAUAAAAAAAAAAGAAAUUCCGAUCGAUAAUAAUUGUUAACUGUUUAUUUACUUAAUUUUAUGUAUAUAUAAACUGACUGAUUUUGCAAAUGCAA